GGUUAAAGCAGUUGAGAUUAGCUCAGCUCCAUGUCACACGGUUACCCUCAGCCCUGAGUGUCGGUUCUGCGCCGUGACUUCUCACAGCAAGGUUUGUGUGGAGACUGCACUAUGGCAGGGUGGGCGUUGAUCUCAGCCAUUGCCCUCAGCCAGGCGCUGACGGUGCAUCCUCAAGCUCCUCUCAAUGUUCAAGAUUUUAGCUACAGUGACUGCCGAACCGCGGGUGUUUUCUACCUCCACCUGGGGCAUGGUUACAAUCUGAAUCUGACCCAAGCACGGAGCGCCUGCCAACUUUUCGACACGGUGCUGGCGACAGAGGCCCAGGUACAACAGGCAUGGUCGCAGGGUUUUGAAACGUGCAGGUAUGGCUGGGUGGAAGAAGGAUACCCUGUUAUUCCAAGGAUCACCCCGAAGGAACCCUGCGGAAAGAAUAGAACGGGCGUAGUGACGUGGAAGCAAGACCAUACCUUCCUAUUCGAUGCUUACUGCUUCCGAGAGAACGAUUCCAAGAGGGUGAAUGCCUGUGAGCCAUUAGAAAUUCGACCCACACCCUUUGUGACAGAGUUAUCAUCGGUGGAUCCAGAUAUGAGGACAGUCCCUGCGUUCAGCUCUGAAACAAUGCCCCACCUGGACACCAGGGUGACCACCCUACCUCAGGACUCGAGGACCACUAUGCCCACCCUGACUCAAGUGUCGAUGUCAACACAAGUUAAUGGGGUGACAGACCCAAAGGGGAACAGGAUGUUUUUGGGCAAUAGAAUUAUCUACUGCGUGCUGGUUGUGGUGUUCGUUCUCCUCCUGGCCCUCGUGAUUAUCCUGAUUUGCUUCCUGAAAAAACGCAGGCGUUACUCUUACUCGGGCACCAGGCAGCCAAAGGAAAACAUUGAAACGGAGGUGUGGAGCUUGAAUCCGAAUGGCACCAGCUCGUCGUGAGGUCCCACGGAGAAGGAAGCAAAGCCUGCAGUCACAGCAACCAAGGAGCCACCGCAGCCAGCCAGCGAAUGUCCAGAAUCCAAUGUAGGGUUAGAAUCAGCAGACAUGGUCGUACCUAGAACUCAGGACUUGGCAUUCCGCCCCUCUUCUCUGUGGUCACACGAGCCUUCUCCUGUCCUCCCUUACCACCUCGCAGAUUACCACUUCUGCUGAUACCCACCACCCCAGCCAGGACAGAGCUCGCCUGUCCAUCGCUGUUCAUCCUGUCUCUCCUGGCCAUCCUUCACGUUGUCUGCAGGUGGAGCCCAUCUUCCGACUUCCAGACAAAGAUUCUUCCUCAUCCAGAAAUGUUGUCUUUGGAGCUUCAGUUGCCCUGGGAAUUUAUGGGAUGUGGCUACUAGCCCCGUGCUCAACCCUCCUCCUCACGCAGCCGGCAUUGGGUCUGUCCUCUCUGGAGCUUACAGACUGCCUGAAUGUCGUGAAUUGUCUUAUUGUCCAGGUUUUGUUAGUGCACACAGAAUCCAGUGUGUCCCAAUGAACCGUCAGUUAACAAACAGCACUGCCUGUUUCAAAGGUUUUGUGGGUGGGGAUGGUGUGGGGGAUAAAGAUGUUUCAUCAAACAGCACCCGUCAGCAGAACAUCAAAGGGUGGUGCUGGGUCACUGUGUGAGUGAGUGUGUGUGAGUGUGUGUGAGUGUGUGAGUGUGAGUGUGUGUAUGAGUGUGUGUGUGUGUGAGUGUGUGUAUGAGUGUGUGAGUGUGUGUGUGUGUGUGUGUGAGUGUGUGUGAGUGUGUGUAUG